AUUCCUGUCACGUGUUCUGGUGGCUGGAAGAGGGGAUUAACAGUAGUCUCAUCACCCUGGAGACACAGAUGCUUUUGUGAGUCAGCACUGAGGAAACAGAUAGAAGACUGCUGUGACCCCGCCCAUCUCUUCGCUAUGACUAAAAUGAAUUCCCCCAUGGGGAAGAGCAUGUGGUAUGAUGGAGAAUUUUUAUACUCAUUCACCAUUGACAAUUCCACUUAUUCUCUCUUCCCCCAGGCAACCCCAUUCCAGCUGCCCCUGAAGAAGUGCGCGGUGGUGGGAAAUGGUGGGAUUCUGAAGAAGAGUGGCUGUGGCCGUCACAUAGAUGAAGCUCAUUUUGUCAUGCGAUGCAAUCUUCCUCCCUUGUCAAACGAAUACACUAAAGAUGUUGGAUCCAAAAGUCAUCUAGUGACAGCUAACCCCAGCAUAAUUCGGCAAAGGUUUCAGAACCUGCUGUGGUCCAGAAAGACAUUUGUGGACAACAUGAAAAUUUAUAACCACAGUUAUAUCUACAUGCCUGCCUUUUCUAUGAAGACAGGAACAGAGCCAUCCCUGAGGGUUUAUUAUACACUGUCAGAUGUCGGUGCCAAUCAAACAGUGCUCUUUGCUAACCCCAACUUUCUGCGUAGCAUUGGAAAGUUCUGGAAAAAUAGGGGAAUUCAUGCCAAACGCCUGUCCACAGGCCUCUUCCUGGUGAGCGCAGCCCUAGGCCUCUGUGAGGAGGUGGCCAUCUAUGGCUUCUGGCCCUUCUCUGUGAAUAUGCAUGAGCAGCCCAUCAGCCAUCACUACUAUGAUAAUGUCUUGCCCUUUUCUGGCUUCCAUGCCAUGCCAGAGGAAUUUCUCCAACUCUGGUAUCUUCAUAAAAUCGGCGCACUGAGAAUGCAGCUGGACCCAUGUGAGGGUACCUCACUCCAGCCCACUUCCUAGGGUCAGUGGGAAAAGGAAGAACUAAGCCAGGGUAUUUUGUUAAGUUUUCUACAUGACUGCGGAAGGAAAUGGUGAAGUUGUUUCAUGGAUUUGCAUGGGCCACUUGCAAACAACAACUACCACCCAAAGGAAACUCAGCUUUUAAUGUUGGCUUGCAGGACAAACAGGAAGUCAAAUGUUCUAUGAAAUGUUUUAUAGCACACUGUGGAUUUGCAACUAGUGACAUUCUGACGAAAUGAUGUUGGUCAAGCACAUUUACCUGGUUUAAAUCGAGAAGGUACAGUUCACAAAUAAGACGGAACUCUAGUUGAAGUUGAAGAGUUAAUCAAGGUUAAUAAAGGAAAUGCCAGGACAAAUUGCUACUGAUUAUCAGUACAAACUGGCUUAAUUUAAAGAAAAAACAAAACUACUUACGAAGACUGACAGAACUAUAGGUUUUUAAAAAAUUAUUAUUUAUUUUUGUCCUAUUUAGGGGCAGCGAGUGGGUGAUGGGGUAGAUUUAAAAAAAUCCCUUACUGAGCAUUAAGGACACAAAACACUGCAGCUGAUUUGUGAUUUGUUGAGCCAAGUCUAUGUUAACUAUAGUCCCCUCCAUUUAACAAAUGUUAAAGAAGAAUUGUUUCCUCCCCUUUUUGUCAAGUCUGCUUAGACAAUGUGAAGCAUCGCUGGAAUUAGAUUGUGUUGAUUCACAGUCUGGAUAACAUGAACAACUUUUCCUCCUCAGAAUGUAGGGCAUACAUUCAAUUUUAAGUCUGCAUUUUGUAAGCCUGUUUGCAUUAUUGUUGUUUUAGUGCAAAAAGACUACAAAUGUGAGUGCAUUAUUUAUUUGCAAAUUAUUUGCAUAGUUGUCUUUAUAAUUUAAUGUUCAGAGAUGAAGUAAAGCACAAUGAUGUAAACUUAGUCUCUGGAAGACAGACUGGAAGGCUCCUCCCUUUUCUAUCUACCAUGGUAUAUUCACUCUGAGAUAAAGCAUAUGUGUGCGCGUACACACACACACACACACACACACACACACACACACACAGCUAAACAAAGCUCAGUGCUGUGCAGCUAUGAAAGCUGAACCCACAUGGCGUGAUAUUUCAAAAACCUAUAACCAGUGUUGGAGAGCUCCAAAUGUAUUUUGAGUACCCACUACACCCUGAUAUAAGACAAACCAGCUUACUGGUUGCUGCUUAUAAUGCUAUACCAGCAUGAAAUGCGAACCUUACCCCCCAAUGCUUACCCCAAAUGAACAGAAUUGUUUUACUUAUUCUGACUCUCCCCAACAUCUCAUGAGUGGAUGCUGUGUAGCGUAGGACUGACUGUACGAGGCAGGUUCAUACAAGUAAAGGGAUGUGAAUUAGUAGCUAUCUAUACUCUUAGCAGGUAGGACUACUUAGAAAGCCAAACUCUGAUGGACCACAAGCAGCCAAAUGUGUUUACAUGUAAGAGAAAGGUAAAGGAAGCCUUUCAUUGUCUUUGUUCUUUGGGAUGCCUUAAUCUAAAAGGAGACGCUAGAAAUCACUAUCUUUAUUUUUUUUAA